AGAGAUGCCGACUGCUGCGCACUCGCAACCGUACUCAAAACAGUGCGCCCGAUUUGGGUCUCUCACGGAAUCUUUUUUUCUCCUUUGUGUGGCGCUUCCCCAGCGGGACUGUCUCUUGUAAUGGCAUCGUCGCCGUCCACUUCCCCCUCGUACCUGGGUAAAAACCCCUCCCCACAGGCCUUCGCGAAGUACGCCAAGAAGCACGACAUCUUUCUCCACCCAGAUGUGGCCUUUCUCGUGCCCACCAAGACGAUGGGCAUGGGCGUCUUCGCGGCCCGCCUGCUGCCGGUGGGCACUGUUGUCCUAAGCUGCCCGGAGGCGUCCGGCGUGUCACCGUACAUGAAGGACGCGAUCACGUCGCCGUGCGUUGCCGUUCUGCACGCCUCUCCCGCCGCCAUGCAGGAUGCCGUGCUCUUCGAUGUGUUGGUACUGAUGUCUGAACUGUGCCGGCCACACUCGUUGUGGCGACCGUGGCUCGAAAGCUGUCCCCCGAUGAUCCACCACCUGUUCGACUUGACGCCCAACCAGGCUGCUGUGCUAGGAGUGGCACCCGCGGUAGCAGUAAAAGCUGUUGGUGAGACUGCUCCAGAUCGCUGCUCGAGCACUGAGGUGGGCGGCAACAGUAGCAGCAGUACCUCGCUGACGUUGGGACUGUCCCCUCUCACAGGUGUCGCGCAGGCUCUCGAGGAGCUGUGUGUGAAGGGGCGGUGGGCCGUUGCACAGAAAAUCAUCUCCUCAGCUCCUGACGUGUGGCCCGCGGAGAAGGCGACGCUGGAGCUGUUCUGCGAUUGCCUCGCUCAGGUCUUUUCCCGUAACUUUCACCGGGAGGAGCUGGCGGGUCGUGAGGGACCCUAUUUGCUGCCCGGCCUCGACAUCUUAAACCACUCCUUCACCGCCAACACCACCUUCGAGGUGCGCGGCGGUGGACGCAAGCACGCGACGGCCUUCACGGUGGUCACCACGCGUGCGGUCAAGAAGGGUGAGCAGGUGUAUGGCUGCUACGGCCGCAUCGGCGCGGCGCGGUUUGCGGUGGAGUUCCAGUUUGUCACGAAGUCGGUGCUGCGGAACGAUUUGGUCCGCUGCUCUGCGGCAUCGUUGGCGACGGUUGCGACGCUGAUGCACUACAUCUUAGUGGCGGCAGCGGGUGAGAGCACCGCGAACGCAUCGGCGCUCAUUGAAGACUACCUCAACGAAAUACCUGAAGCGGAGGGUUCCGUUGUUGCAUGCCCAACUGGGGACUGGAAGCCGGAACUGUUCGGAAGUGACUCGUCCGCAGAGGUGGCCGCCCUUCACAAGGAUAUGGAACGCCGGGUGGAACAGCUGCAGCGACUCGGCAUCCUCUUUGACGAGGGACUCUACUUGGUGCGGCCGUAUGCCACCUGGACGGAAGAGGAGGCGGCGGAGGGUGCUGCAACUUUUCGGUGGAGCGCACCGAGCGAACACGAAAAGGAAGUGGCGCAGCACGGACGUGUGCUGGCCGCGACGGUGUAUUUGCUUACCGCACCGAAGACGGAGUACGAAGACUUGUACCACCGCAUCACGGUGGAGUGGACGGCGCCGCAGACAGCAGCGGUCGCACGUGCGGUGCGGGUUUUUGUGGCCAUAAAGGUCGCUGCGGCGCGCCGCCAGAAAGCCUCUCUGGCGCAGGUCUUCAGCAGCUCUGACCGUGACGUGGUUCGUCGGCAGCUUAUCCACGAUACUCUUUCGUCGGAGGUAGCCACACUUCGUUAUUACGCAGAUGCCGUUGCAUAG